GGUGAACGCACGACAGUCGUUCAUGUUGUCCUAUGAGUGGAUUUCUAGUUUGGCUCUGCGUCGCCAUCUUACAUUUUUUUGACAUUUCCAGGCAACUUCAUUCGAACACACAUUCCCAUCUUUCUUUUCAUUCUCUUUCUGGUGCAAAAUGCCUUUCGAAAGAUUCGUUGAAACUGGACGCGUUGCUAAAGCAACUUCCGGCCCAUUGCGAGGCAAACUUAUUUCAAUCGUUGACGUCAUCGAUCAAAGACAAGUGCUCGUCGAUGGUCCAGAAACCGGUGUCCCACGUCAAGCAUACCGUUUGAACAACUUGCAAUUGACAAAAUUCCGUGUCAAAUACCCAUACAAUGCACCAACCCGUGUCGUGCGCAAAGCCUGGAAAACCGCUGACAUCAAAACAAAAUGGGAAAACAGCUCCUGGGCACAAAAAUCCAAGGACGUCAAGAAGCGUACUUCGUUGAACGACUUUGAACGUUUCAAGUUGCGUUAUGCCAAGAAAGCACGUAACAAGCUCUUGACAGCUGCCUACAACACCUUGAAGAAGAGAACUAAGGCCGAUGGCACAGCCAGAACUUUGAAGAAGGACCGUAAAGUUCGCAUCGCAGCAGCCAAAACCAAGGGUGGCAAAAAGGGUGGCAAAAAAUAAAUCUUUGAAUAUUUAAUUCAAAAUACCGUUUUAAAUGAAAAGAUUGAUAAAAAAUAAACAAAAACCAACAAUUUGAUAAUUAAUCGAAAGGAAAA